UUGGCUGCGAGCCGGGAAGUCCGUAGCCUAGGCAGCGGCGGCGCCCGGGGGAGAGGGCGAGCGGGAGGCCUGGCUCCAUCCUCAUCAGCCCGGGCGAGGACCGGCUCAGCCGCGGGGAGAGGGGCUUGACCGGGCUGAGCGGGAGCCGCCACCCAGGGAGGGGCAGGGGAGCCACAGCCCAGGCGGGGUCCAUUGCCGGGCGCCCCAUGCCAGGGAGCAGCUUAUUGGGAUCUGCUGGGGGCUUCUGGUGAGGGCAAAGAGAGAACGGCCAGAGGAUUUCUAAAGGGCGGCACCAGCAUAGUUCUUUCGUCUCUGGAUUGCGGGGAGGAGCCCGUGUUCAACAUGAGAUUUAAUAAGAUUGGCUAGUUAACGAGAAGGGUCCCCCCCUCUUAUAAAUCCCCUCUUGCGGCUCCCGCGAGAAGCCUCAUGUCAGGCCACCUGUAAUAAUAUGUCGGUCUAAUUAUUUUUGUGGGGGAGAGCACCUGCUGCUGGAGAAAAGAGACUGUGACCCCCAAAGGAGAUCUAGUCGCAAAAAAACCCCACCCCAGCAAUGACUUUGACCCUCAGGAGCAUCAGGCGACAAUAGCUGAGGCCAAUGUUGUAGUCAGUUUGUCGAAUUGAAGUCAUCUGAGCUGCUGUAAAUCUCUCUCUGGUUGUUUUAAGAGGAGAUUUGUAUUGAAUUCAUACCACUUUUUGGAGCAUCCUUGUCUCUGGGCUGCCAUGCCCCAGUAAAGCUGCAGUUGCUACCUUUUGCAGGGCUUUGUGAGAGAGUCUUGCUUCUCUGUUACCACAUAUAUAUUUUUAAGAGGAUAUUUGUAUUUUUAUGAUUUUUAUAGCUUGUGCAAAAUCCCUUUUUCAGAGAACUUCAAUCACAGUACAAGUGUUAAAGGGAACCACCGGCGACAGUUAUUUGCUCUCGUCAUAAUGUGGACUUUUCUGGGCAUCGCCUCCUUCAUCUAUGUGUAUAAGAAAUGUGGAGACUUGAUGACUUAUGUCAACAAAGAGGUGCUGCUGACUAUGUUGAUGUUUUUCUCUCUUGGUUUGCUCCUGUCUUAUCGGUAUCGUUCUGGGUGGCUAAAACAACAGCAGUGGGGGCAGCAGAAACAGUCCCACUUUGGGAUGCUCUGUAGUGCUCUCUCAGCUUUGCCACUCAUUGGUUUUUUCUGGGCCAAAUCCACCCCUGGAUUUCCACAGGCAGAGCAACCCAAAUCCAGAAAGGGUAAAAGAGGGAUAAACUCAAACACUGUGACAGAGACUGCUACAAAUACAAUAUUAGCUCCUCAGUCUGAUCCAGAGGUUAUCAUCGUGGGUUCAGGUGUACUUGGUUCUGCUUUGGCUGCCGUGCUGUCACGAGACGGAAGAAAUGUGACAGUAGUAGAGAGGGAUCUGAAGGAACCUGACAGGAUAGUUGGAGAAUUGUUACAACCUGGAGGAUAUAAUGCUCUUAAAGAACUGGGUCUUGAAGAUUCAGUGGAAGGUCUUGAUGCUCACAUAGUAAAUGGUUACAUAAUUCAUGAUCUAGAGAGCAAGUCGGAGGUUGAAAUUCCUUAUCCAAACUCUGCAGAUGGUCUGGUGCAGAGUGGAAGAGCAUUUCAUCAUGGGCGCUUCAUCAUGGGUCUCCGAAGGGCAGCCAUGGCAGAACCCAACACAAAAUUCAUUGAAGGGACUGUGUUACAACUGCUCGAGGAAGAUGACUGUGUGGUGGGUGUUCAGUACAAGGAUAAAGAAACUGGAGAUAUUAAGGAAUUACAUGCACCUCUGACUGUUGUUGCUGAUGGACUUUUCUCCAAGUUUAGGAAAAAAUUGGUUUCCAACAAAGUUUCUGUUUCAUCCCAUUUUGUUGGCUGCAUUUUGAAAGACUCGCCACAGUUUAAAGCCAAUCAUGCUGAACUUGUUUUAGCUAAUCCUAGUCCAGUCCUUAUCUACCAGAUUUCUUCAAAUGAGACUCGAGUACUUGUUGAUAUUCGAGGGGAAAUGCCAAAAAACAUCAAAGAAUACAUGACUGAGAAAAUUUAUCCACAACUACCUGAGCACCUAAAGGAACCAUUCCUAAUAGCAGUUCAAAAUGAUCGUUUGAGGACCAUGCCAGCAAGCUUCCUACCUCCAUCACCUGUUAACAAACAAGGCGUUCUUCUUUUGGGAGAUGCAUAUAAUAUGAGGCACCCUCUGACAGGUGGAGGAAUGAGUGUUGUUUUGAAUGAUAUUAAAAUAUGGAGAAGCUUGCUCCAGGAUAUUCCAGAUCUUUAUGAAGAUUCUGCUAUUCUUCAG